AUGUCAUAUCAAUUAUAUAGAAAUACCACUAUUGGAAAUACGCUACAAGAAAGCCUGGAUGAAUUAAUCCAAUAUGGACAAAUAACUCCGACAUUAGCGGUAAAAGUUUUACUACAAUUUGAUAAGUCGAUCAAUCAAGCAUUAUCAAACAGAGUUAAAUCGAGGCUGACAUUCAAAGCAGGAAAAUUAAACACUUACAGAUUCUGUGAUAAUGUUUGGACAUUCAUGUUAAAUGAAGUAGAAUUCAGAGAAGUUCAAGAAGUCGCCAAAGUAGACAAAGUGAAAAUUGUAGCUUGCGAUGGAAAAAAUGUGGAUGAUAGAAGA